GCAGCUGUAUAGUUGCUUGCGUAAUCUUCCCACACUCUGAUUAGAUCGUCUCCUCCGAUUAGAUUGUCUGAUCUAAUCGCCCCCUCAAUGUCGACGACACUUGGACGCGUCAAAUAUCUCUCUUGGGCACUGGACGACGCGUCUCUGGCCUAGGAAACUUGGUGUGCUCAGUAUAACAGCUAUGGUUGUUGUCGGUUCUUCGCUUGGAAGCCGAGGCCUAUCAUUAACUAACUGCGCAAAUGAUCCCUGACUGCCUUCUGUUUGCUUCCUGCCAUGUCCUCCGAGACGAUUCCUCUCCUUGAGGAGACCUCCAGUGAUCAAUGUGAGGAUGUGUACAGAAGAAGGACCAUCGUAGCACUGGUGUCAUGGAGUGCUUUGCUUCCUAUGUUUGCCUCUGGCACUUUUGUCCCUUCUAUACCCCAAAUCGCUGUAGACCUCAAUUCAACGGGUCCGAUAAUCAGUUUCGCAGUGAGCCUCUCCAUCCUUGCGUCGGCCACGGGUGCGAUGGCAUUUGCUACCUACUCUUCCUUUUAUGGCCGGCGCCCAGUCUACCUCAUAGGCACCCCUCUCCUCUGCCUCGGCUCCAUCGGCGUUGCCCUCUCCAACAGCGUCCCAGAAAUAAUGAUAUGGCGCCUUAUCCAAGCACUCGGCACAUCCGGAGGCAUGUCCGUUGGCGCUGCAGUCAUAGGCGAUAUCUACAAGCUCACCCAACGCGGGACCGCAAUGGGUAUCUUCUUCGGUGCUUCCCUUUUGGGACCGGCACUGGCACCCGUUGCAGGUGGCUGGGGCGCGCAUUAUGCGUCAUGGAGAUGGACGCAGAUUGCUCUCGCCGUAUGGGGCCUUUUGGCUUUCUUAGCGAUGUUAUUGUUCUUCCCAGAGACAAGUCACCCAGGAUCCCGAGGAAUCGACAAGCUUCGUGAACGUGAAGGCGAAUCUCCGAGGCGCUGGGUAUGGGUAUGGCUUAAUCCUUUUGCGUCUCUGAGUAUGCUGCGAAGUCCAAACCUCCUGCUUGCUACACUCGCUGGAGCAGCUGUGCUGAUUACGGAUUAUGUCCUACUCAUGCCCGUAGCCUACACUAUCGGCGUCAAAUAUAACAUUACCAACGAAUUUCUCAUCGGUGCAUGUUUCAUCCCCUGCGGACUAGGCAACAUAAUCGGCGCCCCCAUAGCAGGCUGGCUCUCAGACCGCGUGGUGAUCGCCUCCCGCGUCAAAUAUGGCACUGACAUAUGGCGGCCCGAAGCACGCCUUAUAGCCGCCCUUCCAGGCGCCAUGCUCCCCGUCCCUCUCUCAGUCCUAAUAUCCGGACUCGUAACGCACUUUGUCGACGGCAAAGUUGGGCUGAUAUUAAACCUGUUUUGCUUUUUCAUGAAUGGGAUCGGAGUGGACCUGGUGCUGACCCCGGCGACGGCGUAUACCGUGGAUGUUGUGCAUGAGAGGAGCGCAGAGGUCAUGGCUGCUACGACAGGGUUGAGGGCGAUCGUGCUUGCUGCUGCGACAUCAGGGAUCUUGCCCUCGAUUAAACAUAUAGGCGUACUUGCUACUGACGUGAUCGCGACUGUUAUUGCAUGGUCUGCGUUUGUGAUGAUCUGGGUAAUCAUCCGGUAUGGCCAGAGAAUGCGGGAAUGGGUAGAUGUUGGUUUUCCAUUGAAAGAUGUGUAAAUUUCACAAUUUUAGAGCGUGUGUUACAAUCGAUUGUAAUAUAGACCAGUUUGUACCCUAUCUACAGCCAGCUUUAUUUAAUUCUAGUACAUAUAGAUGCUAGAUGACGUUUUCAAGAUGAAACUAAGCACAAACGGUUCAAUGUUCACCAGCUCCGGAUCUGAAAAGAUGCAAAUUUGUUACAGAGUGCGCGAAGUUCCGUCAAGCGGGC